AUGUCCACCAACGCCUUCACCGUCAACGUUUCCGGCAUCUCCCCAGUCACGACGGAGCAGCACCUCCACGACUUCUUUACCUUCUGCGGCACGAUCCGCAAGAUCGACUUCAACGCAGAGAAGCAGACGGCCGCGAUCCACUUCGAGAAGCCGUCCGCGGCCAAGACCGCGCUCAUGCUCAACGAGGGCACCCUCGACGGCGCGCACCUCGCCAUCACCUCUGAUCAGCCCGACGUUGUGCACAAAGAAGACACCUCGGCCUCUCGGGAGCACAUCGAGCAGAGCGACAAGCCGCGCGCGGGCAUUGCCGCCGAGUACCUCGCGAAGGGCUACACACUCUCGGAUCAGAUCCUCCAGCGCGCGAUCGAGCUCGACCAGCAACACGGCAUCUCCAAUCGCUUCCUGUCGUACAUCCAGACGCUGGACACUACCGUUGGUGCGAAAGCUCUUGGCCCAGAGAAGACCAUCUCCGGGAAGGUGCAGGAGACCCUCGCGAGCGCGACACAGCAAGCGAAGGCUGCCGACGAGCAACGCGGUAUCUCUAAGACCGCUGUCGAUUAUUACUCCCGCGCCUUCGCCUCCCCCUUCGGCCAGAAGGUCAAGGCGUUCUACACCACCACCUCCAAGCAGGUCCUCGACAUCCACGAAGAGGCCCGCCGCAUCCACGAGACGCACAAGGCGUCCGCGCACGCCGCCCCGGGCGCGCCGGCGUCUGCCGCGGCCUCUGCGCCCCCAGCGGACGCCCCCAAGACGACCGAGGCCCCGACUGUCGCAUAG